AAGCAGACUUGUGAGGAGCUGUGUUUACAGCGAGCCCACGCUCGGAUCUGAGAGGUGGCAGCCACGGAGUAGGCGUUCUUCUGCUUUGAGGUGUUAUCAGGGAUGAUGCCAGCCUGGGUUCCGCUGCUGGUGGCCAUGCUGUGGCAGACGACGAGUCAGGCAGUGGCAGCGGACGAUCUGCGCUCGGCCUUCUCGGCGGCACGCACCCGCAGCAUGAUGGGAGGCCCGCGGAUGGCUGUCACCUUCGACCGCGUGUACGUCAACGUGGGCCACGACUUCGACGGGCGCAGGGGCAUGUUCACGUGCCGCAUCCCCGGUGCCUACUACUUUUCCUUCACGGUGGGCAAGCACCCGGACAAGGGCCUGUCGGUGAUGCUGAUGAAGGACGGCAGCCAGGUGCAGGCCAUCGCCUACGACGAGCACCAAGGCCCAGAGCGCCGGACGCGCAGCCAGAGCGCCAUGCUGCGGCUGGCCCGCGGCGACACCGUCUGGCUGCGCCUACACGGCCACCCCCAGUACGCCCUCUACAGCGAGACGGGCCCCUACACCACCUUCAGCGGCUGCCUGGUCUACCCCGAGCCCGAGCCCCGCCCAGCACUGCCGCCGGCGCCCCGCUCUGCCUUCUCGGUGGCCCGCACGCAGAGCGUGGUGGGCAGCAGCGCUCAGCGCUACCGACACGACCCGGUGGCUUUCGACACCGAGCUGGUCAACAUCGGUGGUGACUUCAACUCGUCGCUGGGCGUCUUCACCUGCCGCGCGGCUGGCGUCUACUACUUUGCUUUCAACAUGGGCAAGCUGCCCUACAAGACCAUGUCGGUGAAACUGAUGAAGAACGAGGACGAGGUGCAGGCCAUGAUUUAUGACGAUGGGGUGACCGAGCAGCGGGAGAUGCAGAGUCAGAGUCUGAUGCUGGCCCUCCGGCCAGGCGACCGUAUCUGGCUGUACAGCUACCAGCACGAUGGCUACGGAGCCUACAGCAACCACGGCAAAUACAUCACCUUCACCGGUUUCCUGGUGUACCCCGAGACCGACCGGGACUCGAACCCCGCCACCAACAGACUCUGACUGACCCACCCGCUUCCCCUUCUCCCCGUCUGUCUGUGUUACAAAUGUCUUGUGUCAGUUCGAGUCCUUGGAAAAUUAAUAUUUUGUUGGAGGAUGUGGAGUCCACCUCUUCUGUUCGUGUCGAGGGCAGGGUCUGGGGCCAGGGAAUGAACAAGAAGUGGAAGCGGGCCUUUUGGCUGCUCCAGCAGUCACUGCGGUGUUGGUCUUCCAUCUCAAGCCCAUUUUCCUGCAGAUCCCAUAACAUUCAGAGAGAGAUACAGCAUGCAAACAAGCCCUUCACCCCCAGUCUUACACUGAUCCUAUCAUUGGUUCAUUCAUAUUAACCCCCCCACCCAGAUUCAACCUCUCUUCAACACGCUGGGGGAUGUCCAUAGUCGCUACCCAACCUGUCUUUGGAACGUGGGAAGAUGUGCACACAGUCAGAAUCCAAAGUCCGGGUUGUCCCCGGGUUCCUGAAGCUGUGUGAACCGUGUGCGCGUGAACAGAAGCCUACUAGUCUCCACACGGAAAAUGCAAUCAAUUCCAAAGAUUCAGCUUCACCCAAGAGUGCUCUAGUCUAGUUGGUUACUGGGAGAUCCUCAGCAAGAUACCUACUUAUUCAGGUCUAAAGUAUUCUGAAGCACUGCAUGCUACAAACGAUAAUCUGUGAGGCAAAUGACUGAAAUAGUUCAGGAAGGUGGCUCCUGAUCUUCCAUCUCCACAGCAACAAGUAAUAAACAAUGGAUUCCCAGGAAUUAAUAAACGUGAAACUUCUUCGUUGGGAAAAGAUCAGAGAGGCAAUGCACUUUCAGAUGGUUUCGGCAUGGGGAGGGCCAAGGCUGAAAGGGGAGUUGCCAUAUCCAGGGUCUGCCAACAGGGAAUGGUGUCACGCGGUCAAUGCCAGCUCUCAUCGCGAGCCUUUAGCAGGCUCACACCCACAGGUUGUUCCCUGCAUCCGAGAGCGCCAAAGAUAAUCCAAGAGGAAAUACUGGGAGAAACUCGUGCAGGAAGGAAGAAUGAAAAGCAAGUGACUAGAGGAAACUAGAACUUGUGAUGAUUCAGUGGGAUCUGGAGGUUCUGGCACACCAGACAUAGAAUUGACAUGUAGGAAAGGCAAGUGAAGAGUAUGGAAUAUGAAAGUGGGGAAUUUCAGGGCGUAGUUCUGCUCUGCACAUGCUUGAGUUGGAGGCUGUGCUCAGAGGGUUCACUAGAUUAAAUCCUAGUGAAGGGGUGGAGCAAACUGGGCCUUUAUGGACGAACAAGAGGUGAAGUUACUGAAACAUCAGAGGGGAGAUUGACAGUGCGGGUGCUGAGAGAAUUUUUCCCUCUACUGGAAUAUCCAGAUCUAGACGCACUGUUUUAGAAAUGGGUCGCGCAUUGUCCGGCGUAGGUGCAACAUACCCCACCCUAGCACUGUGUAAUGCACUCGUGUCCCCCUCCUCCUGCCCCACAGACAGUCGUGACAUUACUUCCCCAUUUCAGCCAAGCCUGCUGUACUUGUGACACGCACCUAUGGAUGGACCCAGAUAGUUGAUGUUUAUUUUCUCUCCAGGGGAACUAUCUUCACAAGGAAGAGUAUGGAAAUGUUUCUUUCCACAGAAUGGCCACAGGGUUGAGGAAUGACACUUGUAUUAGGUGGGUAAUCUUCAUGUCCCUUGCUUCCUGUACCUGGUAUCCAUGGGGAGAUGACUCCGGGCCAGACUCCCUUCACUUCUCCCCAUCUCCGCUGCUCUUUCCCUCUCCUUGGUUGUGAGAGGGAAUGCCCGACACCCUGUGUCGAUCACCGUUGCAACUGCUCAAACACAGUCUCGGCUACCAGAGACGGGAAUCCUUUCUGUGGCAGGCCUUCACCUGCCUAUUCUGAAACAAGGUCAGCCCACCAUGGCUCCCUGUCCUCACUCUAAACCUACUUAUAUGUUGUGCCCAGGUUAACAGGCGCCAUGUUCUGGGUCUCUGUGAACGGGCUCAGUGGGUCAAUGUUCCCAGUGCCUGAGUAGAAGCCAAUCCGUACAAACUGUAUCCUGGGAAGGUUGGCCCUUGGGAUUCUGACAAGAAGUAGGCAAGCCCAGGAUUCCCCACCAAGGCGUUUUGUUGAACCGGGACAGAGCAGCUGGGUGGUCCCCAGAGAAGAGGAACCCCGACAACUGCUGAUGGCGACAUUAGGGCAUAAGACAAAGGAGCAGAAUUAGGCCAUUCAGCCCAUCGAGUCUGCUCUGUCAUUCCAUCAUGGCUGAUCCCAGAUCCCACCCAACCCCAUAUACCUGCCCUUCUCAGCAUAUCGUUUGAUCCCCUAAAUGACCAGGAAACGAUCAACUUCCACCUUAAAUAUACCCACAGACUUGGCCUCCAUCACAGUCUGUGGCAGAGCUUUCCACUGAUUUACUACUCUGGCUAAAAAAAAAUCCUUCUGAAGGGCCAUCCCUCAAUUUUGAGGCUAUGCUCUCUAGUUCUGGAUACCCCCACCACAGGAAACAUCCUCUCCACAUCCACCUUAGCUGGUGUUUUGGUAGGUUUCAAUGAGAUCCCCCUGCAUUCUUCUAAGUUCCAGUGAGUACAGGCCCAAAGCUGCCAAACACUAUGUUAACCCCUUGAAUGCUGGAAUCAUCCUGAUGAACCUCCUCUGGACUCUGUCCAACAACAACACAUCCUUUUCUGAGAUACGGGGCCCAAAUUAUGAAAGUGAGAACCCCGAGAAGUGGCAGAGCCCAGGACCAUGUUGCCUUCAUAGGGUAGAGACCCAUGUAUUGUGGCCAUAGCUAUAAUCCCCAAGGUUGGUGUGUCCAGAUCCUCUCCUUUAAUUUGCAACACACAGAAAUUGUUGGAGGGACUCGGCAGUUGAGUUGGCAUGUAUGAUGGAAAGGUAACAGUUGAUGUUUCGGGCUGAGACCCUUCUGGAGUGGGAAGGAAGACUGCAGAAGCAAGUCUCCCUGCUGGGGCCUUUGGUUGAGACCCCUUGUUGGGGAUUACUCUAUCUGAAUAAUCUUCGAUCUGGAGACAAGUCACUCUCAUUCCCUCAUCUCCACUAUUAUCUCAUUAGAUGUUAAUUUUAGUGAAUCUUCAUCUCUGAUUCAACAUUAGCUUGUUCCUCCGUCCCAUCUGAAAAUAUGGCCGCUCUUCAGCUUUUCCCCAUUUUGUUCCCAACUCCUGGUGAAGCAAUCAAGUGAUGGACAAUAACUGCCCACAGAGUGUGUGUGGGGGUCGAUCAGAGAGAGACCGCGGGACGGGUUGUGCCGGUAAACUGUCAGGAGAGGUGUGAUGAAGGUGGCUCGGUGAAAGAGAUCGAUGUUACCCUCAGCCUCCAAGACUUGGCUUGUAGCAUGAGGGGAAACUAUUGAACUGGCUAAGAGAAAGAUCAAAGAACGCCGGGCAGAUCACGGACAGUAAACAACUCAGAUGAUAAGGUAUGUUCAGCAGCACGGCAACUAUUCCCUACAUUAUAAAUGUGGAUUCUGGUGUCCCCUCACAAAAUCACCACUUCUGUUCCCUACAGCCAUCUCACCAUGUCGCCUCCAGUGGAACUGGUUCAACUUUACAGAUUGACGAUGGUGAAUCUGCACUCUGUGGAUAAACAGAAACACACCUAACCCUAAACCUCAGUUUGUCAGCACCCAUUGCAUAAGCUGCAGGUGUCCAGAUAGGUUCCUGCUUUAAUUCCCUGAGGUAAUACUGUGGUCCUGUGAUCGAGGGCCUGUUUCUGGGCAGUGUAUAGAGAUGAAGGAAAGAAAAGGCCUAGUGCACCGCAGGGCUGUGACUGGAUUGUGCAGACAGGUGACAGUAGGGCACAGGAAGCAAAGCUGGUGAAUGCAACCUCUCACAUUAUCAGCUGGCCACUUUAAAAUUGCAAAAUAAAAACAAACUGAAAAUGCUGGAAACUCUUCGAAACCGUUGAAGGGCCUCAGGCUGGAAGCAUUAACAUUUGCCCGACCUGUUGGGUGUUUCCAGCAGAUUUGAUAUUAAUUUUCAUUUUCUCUGUGCAGCGUCGUACAAGUGCAGAAAGGCCGCAGAGACGGGCAGGAGUUGAUGAGGAAGUGAGCACAAUGUCUGUGAAAGGGCGAAUGGAGCGGGGGGUCAGACGGCAGGAGAUAAGGGAAGGGGAGCACAGGGAAAUAAGCACAUUUCUCCGCACCGGUGACCCAAUGUCCCCCCCCCACUGGGGGAACACAAGGUGUCACCGAUUUCUGCAAACCCUUCAACGAGGGUGACACACGCGGACUGCGACAGCCACGGGCCACAGGAGCCCUGACUGGGUGUAGAUGAUCUCGGUUGGACAAUCCGGGCUCGGUCUGGCUCCUGCUCUCUGAGGAGAAUCUCCAACCUCGUGUCCCUCGGGGAAGAUUGACCUUCCCUCACCUCCCGGCGUCGCGGCCACCCAGACACCCACUCGCUCCCCGUCCCCGUCAUUUCCAUCGGCCCCGCGCCCAGUUCAGGGCAACUCCACCUUGCUUCAGACCCCAGUCGCAGCCGACAUCACGUAGAUGGGUCCUGGCAGCCUAUUUAGGAGUAAGAGGUGGCCUAUUGGCCCAUCUGGCCUGUUCUGUCAUUCAAUAUGAUUCGAUGUUGCUUUUGCAGUAAAGUCAGGACUCACUUACUGCACAUUCUUCCACUUCGCUCCUGAUACCCUUUCACCCGAUUCCUACUUCCCUGGGACUCGUCUACCUCUGCCAUUGGGGAGAAGAGAAUUUUAAAGCCUCCCUGCACCUGCUCUCUCCCCCCCAGUGAGUGACCCCUUACAAAGCAGCAACAUUCCAGACAUCAGGACUUUCCCUCCUCAAACCACUCCUGCCUGGCAACUCCUGGUCAGGAGAUGGCAGCAGCGACUCACCGGCAGGGAGCUCCCUGAGAGGGCUGGACGAGGGGAAAGGGAUGGAAUUGCCUCCCCUGGAGUUAUGCCGCCUGGCGUGAUCCUCCCGGAUCAGAUGGGAUAAAAUGCUCACUUGUGGGAUGGCAUGCAAACAAAGAUUUUCACUGUAUACGAGUACAUGAGAACAAUAAACCAGACGCCAAAUCAGGAUAAAGGAAUUCCACAGCAUCCUCUUUUGGGAGAAUUAAUUACCAACAUUUAAUUAAUCUGAAAUACCCACUGUCCCAAGUUGCAGGACCAUAUCCCCUAUCGCCCUGUUCCUGAACUGCAUCUGCUCAAGAUCUCCCAAAGCUGAUAACUUCACUGACUUCCUGCAAAUAAUUAUCCUCCCACCACAAAUACACUCUCUCCCACACCUGCACCUUUCAUUGGUAACUACAGUCACAGGGUUCAAACCCAAAUAUCCCCACCCCUUCAAUGUGUUAUGACCAGUUCCUUGUCGAUGCUUUCAGUCAGUCCAUGUCUCCGGGACUCCCCAGAUAGAUCACUGUAAACAAAGUUUUGCAAUAUUAAAAAUGUUCAAAUAAAACUAACUGUU